GUGUUCUACAUAUUCUACUGGGUGGGUGGCGACAAACUCUCUGCGCAGUUUUUUUUUUCGUUCCGACUAGAGUUUGCUUUUAACCGGUAUUCAACAUGUCUAAAGAGGCCCCCCGCGAGCCCGAGCAGUUGCGCAAGCUCUUCAUCGGUGGCCUCAGCUUCGAGACGACGGACGACAGCUUGCGGGCCCACUUCGAGCAAUGGGGGACCCUCACAGACUGUGUGGUGAUGAGGGACCCGAACACAAAGAGGUCAAGGGGCUUUGGUUUUGUCACGUACUCAUCAGUGAAAGAGGUUGAUGCCGCCAUGUCUGCUCGCCCCCACAAAGUGGAUGGCAGGGUAGUCGAGCCGAAGAGGGCUGUGUCCAGAGAGGACUCAAACAGGCCAGGUGCCCACAUGACUGUAAAAAAGAUCUUUGUGGGCGGUAUUAAGGAAGAUACGGAAGAGCACCACCUGCGAGACUAUUUUGAACAGUUUGGCAAAAUUGAAGUUAUUGAAAUCAUGACAGACCGGGCCAGUGGGAAAAAGAGGGGCUUUGCAUUUGUUACCUUUGAUGACCAUGAUUCAGUGGACAGGAUUGUCAUUCAGAAGUACCACACUUUGAAUGGCCAUAACUGUGAAGUCAGGAAGGCACUCUCAAAGCAGGAGAUGGCCAGUGCAGGAGUCAACAUGAGGGGCCGUGGUGGAGGACCUAGUAACUUUAGCCGUGGAGGUGGAUAUGGAGGGAAUGACUUUGGACGUGAUGGAUACUUUGGUGGCCGUGGAGGACGAGGUGGCUAUGGAGGCGAUGGAUACAAUGGUUUUGGAGGAGAUAGUGGCUAUGGUGGUGGUCCAGGCUAUGGUGGGAACCGUAGUUAUGGUGGCGGACAGGGAUAUGGCAACCAAGGUGGAUACGGAGGAAAUGGUGGCUAUGAUAACUACAACAAUGGCGGCGGGAGUUUCAGCAGUGGAAACUUUGGAGGCAGCAACUACAAUGACUUUGGCAAUUACAACAACCAGGGUUCUUCAAACUAUGGCCCAAUGAAAGGAGGCAACUUUGGUGGUGGCAGAAACAGUGGCCCAUAUGGUGGUGGUGGUGGGGGUGGUGGUGGCUAUGGCGGCUCCAGUAGCGGAGGCUAUGGCAGCAGCUCAGGAGGGCGAAGGUUCUAAGUGCUGAAGAUUCAGUACUUAGGAGAGGGGAGCGAGAGAAGUGACAGGAAAGCUGCAGGCUUACCCCAUAGAUCUGCUCAGCCUGAGUGUCCUAACAGGUUACAGCUGCCUCAUGAAGAGAUGUACAGUAGAGAGAAAUCAUGAUUUGGAAAUUGUCUGCUCUGAAGCGGGUUUAUUUUAUAGUUGACAUUUGUUUCUGUGAAAAAUGAGCAUUCCGAUGGGUUUUUAUGUAGAUCUUUUUUUUUUUUUCUUUCCACCUCCAUCCCUUGUGGUUUUUAAUGUAACUACAAGAAAUCAAGUUUGAAAUAAACAAUCUUGGUUUUUUUAA